AUGGAUUUCUAUGCACCCAUAAUACAGUGUUUGGAUGCCAAUGCCUCCGCCACCGAGCUGAUAGAUACCUUUCGUAAACAGGAUAUGGCGAAAGGCGAUGGAGUCGUCGUUGAGACGGACAGUGUGUACUACGCAUUCGUUCCCAGCUAUAAUGAAACAGGAGACUUGUAUCCAGUCUCAGCACCGCGUCUUCAGACGCCGUCGAACGCCACGAACGAACUCUGGAUGACGUUUCUUCGACCUGUCAUCAAGUCAGGGACACGAGUUACCGAACGACGCUUCCAAGUGUGUACGCUCCACAACGCCACGUACAAUUUGCGCAUAGAGCGGGAUCGCGGUCUUCAGAACAUUAGCAAGUCCUAUACGGUCAAUGAGCAGGUCCACUACCCUCGUGACAACUCAACAUCGGUCUCCAACAUGGCGCAGCAUGCAUAUACAGCCGUUAUGUGGGCGCUGUGUGAUCAGCUUAUUGGCAAGUUCUCGUGGUACAACAACACUGCGUGGGAUAGGAACACUUCGUUGUCAACACCGUCGGGCGCAGCACAGUUCGGCGUGCUUCAGUCGCCGAUCCAGCGUACCAGCCUUCUAGGCAGCUUGGACCUAGAUGCAUUCUUUGACUUGGACGAGGCCAACAAACUCUACAAGCAACCAGAAGGAGACGGGACGCUUAGCCCACAACGCUUAAUGGACAAGGCAAUGGCCAAGAACAGGACACUCGAUGUCCUGAUCGAAGAGCUAAGCUUCAACAUGAGCGUUGGGCUGAUGUGGGAUCCGCUACUCACGCACAGCAAGGUUGUCCCUGUCAAUAUAACCACAUCAGUAAAUCGCUACGCGUACAAGCCAGACGGUCUGUUCGUCCCCUACGUCCUAGCCAACGUCUUCAGCUUGGUGAUUGUCAUUAUCGGUCUCUGGUCUUACCUACGCGACGGGCCGAUGCCAGACAAGAAGUUCCAAGAUCUCGUCUCCGCUGCAGAAGACAGUUCUAUAGUGCACGUCAUCCGGAAUCGCAAGCGGAGCGUCACUGCGACCUUCAGGAAUGAGAAGCUCGUGCUCCAAGCAGGGAAUAGCCUUGACAGCAACGACAAGGCAGGAUUACCUACGAUAUUGAAGAAGGUUUGGAAAGGCGGGCGUGGAAAGGUGAGCUGCACAGACUAG